AUGCUGUGUCCGAUCCUUGGAGACGAGCUUUAUGGGAAUCGUCUUGUUGAAAUUGAUGGCCGGCCCGCAACUGUACAGCCGAAAGAUCUUCGACGUGUGAGAAAUGCACGGUACUUCCCCAAAGCACUCACUGAGCAUUUUGGUGUGUCCGCCUCGGAGCUUCAGAGAGCCAUGCCUCUCUAUUGUCACGUGCACUCGACGUUUUUUCCACGUUACGGAUGGGUGAUUGGUCGACCGCGGAGUGAGCAAGAUGUCGCUGACCUUUAUGCCAACAUUCCACCACCACGGCAUUUUCUGGCCAUGGUAGAAGCACUGGGAAUGAACGAAUCGCUGAUGAGAUAUUUCCAAGAAGACGACAAUGAAGACGAACAGCUGAUCGGUGGUGAUGAGAAAUUUUGA